GAAGCGACAGGUCGGGACACACACACAGAGAGAGAAAGAGAGAGAGAGAGAGAGAGAGCGGGCAAACGCGACGUCGUCUGCGUGUCUUCUACAGGGUGAAAUCAACUUUUUUCCCGGUCAUGCCGGGGGGCUGCACGUGGACCACCGGGCUGCUGCUCCUCGCGGCGUGUGCGAAGGUGGUCGUUUGGGCCGACGAUGGGGACGCAGUGUUCAUCAGGGAAUUCACUCUGAUGCGACGAGACCACCUUGCGGAGGAGCCUCUCCGUGACGGGGGCCAAAAACCAGAAGACCCCAGCUCGCGGACGGCCCGGUCAGAAGAGGACAAAGACACUCUGUGGGACGCCUGGGGCUCCUGGAGUGAAUGCUCUCGGACCUGCGGAGGAGGCGCCUCAUACUCCCUCAGACGAUGCCUCAGUUCCAAGACCUGUGAAGGGCAGAACAUCAAAUAUCGCACAUGCAGCAACGUGGACUGCCCUCCAGAUGCAGGGGAUUUCCGUGCGCAGCAGUGUUCGGCUCAUGCGGACGUGCGAUACCUGGGUCAGUACCACGAGUGGCUGCCUGUGUACAACGACCCAGACAACCCGUGCACUCUGAAGUGCAAAGCCAAGGCCUCGGGCCUUUUGGUGGAGCUGGCGCCCAAAGUGCUGGACGGGACACGCUGUUACACCGAGUCCUUGGACAUGUGCAUCAGCGGAGUCUGUCAGAUUGUAGGAUGUGAUCAUGACUUGGGGAGCGCAGCAAAGGAGGACAACUGCGGUGUCUGCAAUGGAGAUGGCUCCUCUUGCAGAUUGGUGCGGGGGCACUACAAAUCCCAGCAUGCUUCAGGAAAAGCUGAGGACACAGUUGCUGCCAUCCCUUAUAGGAGUCGCCAUGUGCGCCUAGUCCUGAAAGGCCCGGAUCACUUGUACGUGGAGAGUAAGACUCUACAAGGAGUAAUAGGUGAGCUGAUCUUGGAUAAAUCAGGGCAGUACCACCUGGAGAAUACCACCUUGGACUACCAGAAACUUUCAGAUAAGGAGGUCCUGAGAAUCACCGGCCCCCUUGGGGCCGACUUCACUGUCAAAGUGCAGUUUGCCAGUGGAGCAGACAGUGUGGUCCAGUACAUCUACUACCAGCCCAUAAUCCACCGCUGGAGAGAGACCGACUUCUUCCCUUGCUCGGUCACGUGUGGUGGAGGGUACCAGCUGACCUCCGCCGAGUGCUUUGACCUUAGGAGUAGCCGAGUGGUUGUGGAUCAGUAUUGCCAUUAUUACCCAGAGAACGUCAAACCAAAACCAAAACUGCAGGAGUGCAACAUGGAACCCUGUCUGGCCAGCGACGGCUACAAGCAAAUCAUGCCAUACGACCUGUACCACCCUCUGCCUCGAUGGGAGAGCAGUCCGUGGACAGCCUGCUCCACCUCCUGCGGCGGGGGCAUCCAGAGUCGCUCUGUGUCAUGCGUGGAGGAAGACAUGCAGGGAACCAUCACCCCCACCGAGGAAUGGAAGUGCCUCUACUCCCCGAAGACAGCCAUCCUGCAGCCGUGCAACGCCUUCGACUGCCCCACCUGGCUGGCACAGGAGUGGUCGCCCUGCACGGUGACCUGUGGUCAGGGUCUGCGCUACCGGGUGGUGUUGUGCAUCGACCACAGAGGACUACACGCUGGAGGUUGUAACCCCACCACCAAACCCCACAUCAAAGAGGAGUGCCUGGUGACCGUGCCUUGUUAUAAGUCUAUAGACACGCUCCCAGUUGAGGCAAAACCUGUAUGGCAAAAGCAGGCCAUAGAGCUGGAGGAGGAGAUCAGUGUUACCGAGGAACCAACCUUCAUCCCUGGUCCCUGGCAGCCCUGCAGCCGGACCUGCGGCGCCGGGACCCAGCGCCGGGCCGUCAGGUGCCAGGUCUUGCUCUCCUUCGCACAAAGCGUUGCUGACCUGCCGGAUGAUGAGUGUGAGGGUGUGAAACCUGCCACGAGUCAGUCCUGCUACCGCACCCCUUGCUCUGGUGUUUUGGGCCAAGGAAAAGAAAGCGAAGAGGAGGAAGAGGGGGAAGAGGAAGGCGAAGGGGAGACACCCGAAAGAGAGGAACUCCACGACUGGGAGUAUGAAGGGUUUACCGAGUGCUCCGAGAGUUGUGGGGGAGGUGUGCAGGAGGCUGUGGUCAUCUGUCUGAACAAGCAGACCAGGGAGGCAGCGGACCAGAGCCUGUGUGUGAGCUCCCGUCGCCCCCCGCAACUCCUGCAGGACUGCAGAACCCAGCCCUGCCCACCCAGGUGGGACACAGGGGAGUGGAGUGUAUGCUCUGCUACCUGUGGGGUCGGUCUGUUGACCCGCUCUGUGGCAUGCACUCACCGGCCUUCUCGGGACAGCAACAAUACCGAGGCCCUGAGGGACGGAGACUGUCCCAGCCCAAAGCCCAGCCCCGUCCAGGCCUGUAACCGCUUUGACUGCCCUCCUAUGUGGGACACACGGGACUGGGGACAGUGCUCCCAGAGCUGCGCUGGUGGAUUUCAAAGGAGGCAGGUCCUGUGCAAACAGCGGUUGGCAGAUGGCAGCAUCCUGGAGCUGCCGGACACCUUUUGCCCUUCCAAGACCCCCGUGAACCAGCAGCCCUGUGCCAAGCGAGAGUGCCCUCCUCAAUGGGUGACAACGGACUGGUCCCAGUGUUCAGUGACUUGUGGGAAUGGGAUUCAGAGGCUACAAGCAGUCUGCAGAAAACUGGGGGAGGAUGGGGGACAUAGGACCGUAGACUCCGAAAAUUGUUCCCUGAUGGCCCGGCCCACUAGAAUCCGUCUAUGCUCCCUCAGGCUCUGUGAGAACUCUGUCAAGCCCCAUCCUUCCAUACUGGCCCAGAGGAAGUUGUAUAUCCAGUGGAGGAAGGGCAAAAAGUUACAGUUGGUGGUGGGAGGCUAUGCCUACCUACUCCCUUGGACAACUGUGGUCCUUCGCUGCCCAACCCGCCACUUCCGCAAGGGCCACAUUCGAUGGCUGAAGGAAGGAAGGCCUUUGUUCGGCCUCCCCCACUUAUCCAUAACGUCACCGGGUUACGUGAAGAUUCAGCAGCUUCGUUCCUCCGAUGCCGGGAUAUACACAUGUGUCGCCGGACAGGCACAGGAACAUUUCGUCCUACACGUCCUCGGCAGCAAGCAGAAGCUCUCUGCUCCAGAGUCGCGGCCCCUCGCGGGGGUUCGUCGCAAGGACGGGCAGCCGGACACGGCCUCCACCGGUGUAAGAUUUCAGGAGCCACCCAUCUCUCUCAACCAAUAUGACAGCGUUGUUGAACAUUUGCUAAAACUCAAAGGCUCUCUCCAAAGUGAAAAGGACACUGCUGAUAAAAUACACUCCAGUGAAAAGAACAGGUCCACCCCGGAGGAUGACGAUGGAGCGAGCUCAGAGCACCUGCUGCUCAUUGCCGAUCCCGAAAGGCUAGAUGAGAUCGUGCCCAGCCUCUCUGCGGGCCUCGCGGGGCUAUCGGGAGAACAACUCCUCGUACAGUUGCUCAGUGAGUUGACCGCGACACGAGGGGAAACCAAUGAGUCUACUCUUCAUCCCCCGGAAACUGCGGAAUCCUCCACGCAGGGGCCCCUGCUUUAUAAGCCAAAGGUCAAAGUCCACGCGCCCAGGCCAAGAAUGCCGGUGAUGAUCCAACGCCCCAGAAAGGUUGGAGCGGUACCGGCGUCUGAAAUGAUAGUCCAUGUGGGAGUGCCAGUUUUGCUGCAGAGACCCGUUACCGUGGAGCUGAGGUGCGAGGCGCUGGGGAACCCUGAACCAUCCCUGAAAUGGACAAAGAAUGGAAGAGAGUUGCGAUACAACAGCAGAGUAAGCCUGUCGUCUUCCGGCUCACUCAGGAUCCAGUCUCCAAUCAAGGCGGAUGAGGGUCUGUAUACGUGCACCGCCAGGAACCGUCUUGGAUCUACAUCUCUUUCGUCUUGGUUGCAGAUUAAAGGUGGCAAUGGAAGAAACUGUGUCCAAGGUAAUGGUACGGGACCAAACGGUCCUAUUUGUUCUGAAAGGAAGAACAGCAGCCAGCCAGUCGAGUCGUGCCAUGGACAAGCCUGCCCCUUCAGGUUUCAAAUGGAUCCUUGGUCUCCAUGCUCAGCCAGUUGUGGGACCGGGUCCCAGACCAGGAGGGUCCACUGCAUGAAGGGUCCUGAGGGAAGAUCAAUAGAGGUGGAGAGCAAGCACUGCCUGGGCACAGGGAGAAGACCCUCUGACAACAGGCAAUGCAACCUGCUGCCCUGUGCCAGAUGGGUCACUAGCCACUGGGGAGCAUGCCAUGGGCAAUGCGCGGGACCCGGUUUGGCCAAACAGCAACGACACGUUUACUGUCAAGACACAAAUGCCACCAAAGUCCCCUGCAGGAUGUGCAGUGGACUCCAGAGGCCCAGUUCCCUCAGGAAUUGCUCCACAGAGGCCUGUACCCUUCACUGGCAUGUAGGACCGUGGACACAAUGCACCGCCACCUGUGGACGCCACGGUUUCCGCUCACGUCAGGUGACUUGUGCGCACCGUCGAACUGGAAAGGCUGCACGUGAACAUCACUGCAUGUGGAGGCCUCGCCCUCCCAGCUGGCAACGAUGCAAUAUUGUGUCCUGUGGCAGAGCAGGAGAGUGUCGAGACAGCACGAGGUACUGCGAGAAGGUCCGACAGCUGGAGCUUUGUCCGCUGCCCCAGUUUAAGAGCCGCUGCUGUCAUUCCUGCCGAAACACCUGAGGCGGGGGGCAUACGACGAGGGCCAUGGACGACCUGCAUAGGUCUACAGAGACUUGAAACCUCUACGCCUCAUACCGUGACCCCGUUUCUGUCUUCAAUGAUCAGUCUUGGAGGGGGAUUCCCGAGUGUGGAGGAAUGUUUGGCUGGUCAUAACCACAGUGUUUGUGAUCUACUUCCUAUCUUGUGUGGGUUUAAAUUUGAACGUUUCGGGCGGAGUGACAGGCUUGUUAAUAUAAGCUUCGGUUUUACUUCAUUAAGGAAAUAAAAAGUUAUGAAGCGUUCCUAAAUUUUGCAAACUUAAUAUAAGACAUAUUUCCAUUAUAAGUGAUAGAGAUUUGGUGAUUCCGUGGUUUCAAGUCAUAAAGAACAACCUGUCCACAUUUAGUAUAUUUGGUAUAGUUUCAGUUCUUCUUUUUUCUUUUAAAGAAUGUAACAAAGGUGCUGCACCACCACAUUCUAUUGUAUCAACAUCUCUUCUAAAAUAGGAUGCAUAUUGUUAGCUUACAAUUCACAAAUAUGCAACUUCAACAUCAUCUACCCAGGGGUUCUGGGUAGACACCUGAAAUCUUUCUAACCACUGGAUAGUUGUGUGUUUGUUCUUUUUUGUGAUGGUCUCCAAAAAGGUGUUGAUAAAUAGUUGCUAAAUAAGCAAAUGGAGGUAUGGCUGGAAGUUUUUUUUUUAAACGCAGCAUAUUGCUGCAUAUUGAUGGGAAAUGGCAAAAAGCCCCAAAUUUGAUGAAUAUUUGAAUACAUUAUAUGCAAUACAUUUGGUUUUGAGCUACAUGGUGAACUUGACCAUGUAUCUGUACAUUCAUUUUGGUUCAUUUAGCACGUAUCUGCAUUUUUGGUAGAAUGAAAAGUAGGACAUGAUCUUUUAUAUCUACAUCUUUUGAUGUAUCUUGCAUGGGUUGCACUAUGGAGGUGUGUGACAGUAGCAAAUCAAUUUUUGAAAAAAAGAUUAUUUUGCACUCAACUCAUCCAAGUCUUUGUUAAAAACAUGGCUUGAAGAGUUUUUUCUCUUGUUAAAGUUACAAUGUUAAAAUCUAUUUUGCUUUGUGAGUUUGUUGUUUUUAGUUAUUUUUCAAAAAUGUCCCUUGAACCAUUUCGUUUAAUCAUGAGGUGACUGGACCUCUUUACCCUCUCCACUCAAUGACAUGUUAGCGUUAGUGUGACACCUAGGACAACAGUCCUUGUGCAACUCUCCUUUCUUGGACAGAUUUCAGUGUCAGGGAAAUUUAAAACGUAUAAAUCUGAACUAAUCUUUUUUUAACUAAUAUCCAAAUGUGUUGCAUUUGGAUAUUAGUUAAAACAGGAGGUACAUUAUUAAAGCUGGUCAUUAAAGUACCAUACUUAUUCCGGACAGGCAAAGUUAGCACUUAUGACUUUAUGAUCAAAAUUAGUUACACAAUACCACAGACUUUAAUCGAUAACUAUGUGUGAUUAUCGGACUUUGGCAAAAGAAAACAGAACUAACAUAUUCCUUUUGCUCUUAAAUUAUGUAGAUAUCUGUUUUUUCCUCAACUAUUUAUUUAAUGCGUGUUCUUGUGCAUAGUUUUGUAAAUACAGGGGUGGGUUUUAAGUAUUGAUUUCCCUGCAGGUUGUUCGGCAUUUUAUGUGCAUGCUUGGGGGACCAUCUGCUGGUAAACUGAUGUGUUGCUUUUUAUUGUCCCUGAUGUAUUAUUAAAUAA